AUGGGCAGCCCCAGGUCAGGUGUCUGCCCACCAGAAAUGCGAUGGACAGGUCACGACGAGUUCUCGCCACCGUCGUUAUCACCGCUGCAUGCCAAGGUUCUGAACUACCUUGGUGGAGAUUCGACGACGGAGCUUCAUGAGACAGCAGAAAUGUCGAUUGGCAUGAGCAAACCAGGGUUGUUUCUGGAAACCUGGUCAGAGUGGAAGCCGGCAAUCGAUUCGGAGGCGUCGCCGGAUGAUCCCAUGGAGCUCAAGACAAUUCAGCUCCCAUCAGUACAAGGUCACGGAGAUGAAGCAACUGGCGCAGUGUCUGGAGGGCAGACGGAGGGCAGCCAGGAAAGAGAGCGCGAGAGCGACGUGCUUCUUUCAGGACGAAGCGAGGGCGAGGGCCUUCGAGAGGCGGGCCAGACUUUGCGGAAUCCGUUUGCAGAGACGUUUCCAGAAGAGGAGGAUGGCCAGAACUUGCCCUUUGAGCUCAGGUGCUGGGCAGAGGGUGGGUUCGUAUCGGGAGCUGCAACAGGAGGCUGGCUGCUGGGCACAGGGAAUGCCUCUGCUUCAUUGAAGUCGAGCAACGCCUGUGAGCUUGGAGCAGGCCCCGACCUCCGACAAGUGGCCGAAGAACUUAAGGCAGAGGGCGGCAAGCACUUUCGCAGGGGCGACUUGGAGGCGGCUCUGGACUGCUACGCUUCGGCGCAGCAGAAUCUGGGGAGGUCUGGCUUGGUCGACGCGACCCUGCAGUCGACCUUGUCAUCGAAUCAGGCUCUCUGCUUCUUGAAGCUGUCGAGGUUCCGGGAGGCCGAGGAGAGUGCAUCUGCGGCCUUGGUUGCCGACGCAUCCAACAGCAAAGCAGUCUACCGGCGAGGCUUGUCGCGCCUAAAUCUGGGCGACCCUCGCGGUGCUGUGGAGGACUUUCAAAAAGCUCAAAGGCUUGAGCCUCAGAAUGUGGAGGUUCGCCAGAAGCUUCUUGAGGCCAAGCAGCAAGCAGACGCAGUUCCCGUUCCUGACGCGGAAAUCGCGGUUGCUACCGGGGCUACAAGUGCUUUCGGAAAGGAUGGAGGACUGUACAGUGAGAAGUUGGACCUGAACGAAGGAAGGCUUGCGCAAUCCUUCAAGGAGCAGAGAGACUGGGUCAACACCAUUGAGAACUGGUCGGAGAUCAAAGAGAUCUCCUUCCUUGACGAGGAAGAUAAGAACGUGGUCUCCGUCUACAUGUCCCUGCCUGGGCUGCACGAGCUCGCUGCCAACAAGGUCUGCGUUUGGAUGACGGCCACCACGCUUGAGGUUCGCGUUGUGGAGCUGCGGGGAUCGAACUGGUGCUACGUGGCGCAAGAGCUAUGGGGCCAGAUAGACCCGCAGCAGUCGACUUGGAAAGUGCGCAAGGACAAGCUUUCCUUGAAGCUGCAGAAGCGCGCCAGCGCGCGUAGCUGGGAUCGCUGGGAAAAGAUACGCCGGAUCUGA